GAAUAAACCAAAUAAGGUGAAUAGCAUUUCCUUUUUAUAAUUUUGGAAAAAUUGCGGGAAUCUUCUUUGUUUGAAAUUAGAGAUGUGUCUAGAAAGAGAAAAAGGACUUGAAGCCUUGACGACGACAACGCUGCGCGCAGGACCAAGCAAUGCAAGCAAAGAUCAGCGCUUUCUUCAAUCCUCAACCACCACCCAAAUCCUCAAACCUGUCUCAACUUCUCCAUCAAACCCAGAAUCGUAGCUCCACUGCCCAACAGCUUCUUUGUCUCAAUGGAGCUGCUAUUCAACAUAUUGAAGAAGCACCGAAGGAGUGCAAUUCAAUGAGUUCUCCGAACGCCACCUCAAUCUCAGCCAAAAACCAGAACAAGAAGAGAAGUUACGUUCAACUUCAUUUGGAUUUGGGACAAUCUGAUUUUCUUCUGUGUACUUGUUCUAUAUGUGGGUUCAAGUUUGCUCGUGGGGAUGAAGGGGAUGAGAAAGUUCACAAGGAAUUUCACAAGGAUUGCUCUCAUGGCAUCCAAUUCAAGGGUUGGCACAAUGAAAGAGUUGUUCAUUUGCCUUCAACCAAAUCAGGGCGCAUAAUUUUGGUGUUGGAUGGUGAUCCGCCUGCUCAUAAGAAAAAGGUUCAAAAAGUUGUUCAGAUGAUGGAGAUGGAUCUUGGAAGUGGAUGGUUGAUUCAUAAACUCUGCAAGGUUUAUUUGUAUAUUUUCCAUCAGAGGAUUGCUGGUUGUUUAGUUGCAGAGUCAAUCAAAACUGCUUACAGAGUUCUAUCAAACUCGGGGCCUCCAAAAAGUGUCAACAAUACCAAUACAAAUAACAACGGAUCUAAUUCAUCUAUACUUCAAUUUGGUGGUAUUAAUUUUCAAAGGGAGGCCGUGGAAAGAGCUCCUUCAGCAAUUAAUCCCGAGGCAUCAGAGGAGGACCUAAUGGGAGCAAUAUUCCUUGGAAAUGAAGCUGUUCCUGCCAUUUGUGGGAUUAGAGCCAUUUGGGUUGCACCCUCUAUGAGAAGGAAGCAAAUUGCUUGUCAAUUACUGGAUGCUGUAAGGAUGAGCUUUUGCAAAGGUUUACUGCUGAAACCAUCUCAGUUGGCAUUCUCCAAUCCAACCUCCACUGGAAGGGCGUUGGCAUGCAGAUACUUUGGCACCUCCUCAUUUUUAGCCUAUAAGGCUGCUGAUUGAAAUGUUUGGGAAAUAUAUAGUCAAAGCUUUCUUCAGUGUAGCAUUUCAACUACAUGCAUACAUUUUGCAUGAUACAUACACCAAUGUAUACUUUUGUUUUUUUGUUGAAUAGAUACUUUUUAACAUAUUCAAUUUUUAUUUCUUGCCCAAA